AUGGCGGCAUGGGUGGACGGUCUGAGCGACGUCGAGCGCAAGAUGCUUGCCUAUAGUAAGUCAGUUGGACUUGUGCCGUACGCGAGCACGCCUCCAAAACGGCAUAGGGAACAGCAAUUCUCUUCCGAGGACUCGGCAGCUCCGCCUGACCCAAGUCCCGACCCAGACGGGUGGCGGCUCUCGUCGACAGCAUGGUGCUCCUGUAAGCGGUGCAGCGUCAUGCCCACGUCGAGGGAGUGCCUCUGCUGCCGGGAAUGUCCGCCUGCGGUUGCGACUCAGCCGGAGGGGUGCGUUACCGAGCAUAUGGACUUUGCCCUAAUCUGCCUCCAACCUGCUGUGCUGAGGAUAGCUUACUGGGCUCUGGACGAAGCAGGUCUGCAACCGGCGCCGGGCGAACAGACACUUCGCUUUGUGGCGUACAAGCAGUUUACGCGCUGGAUGUGGAAACGGCUGGGGCGCAACAACAGAAGAGUUCUGCCAGCCUGCGUAGUUUCAAGAAUUCGCGAAGAAUUUGCUUCAGACUCAUACACCGGGUACCUGGACGCAGAAUAAAGAUGUUUGAAACUCUACUACAGCUGAGCACCUUUUACACCUUACAAUUCUCUUGCAUGCAUACUGUAACUCAAGCCACUCCAAGAGCAAAUCCUGUUAUUGAAGCAGCUUGAUGAAUAAAAAUAUACUGAUG